UUAUUAUACCAAUGGUACCAAUGUUUACCAAUGGUAGUUACCACUGGUAAACUUUUUUGCAGGCCGACCACAUUCACGUUAGGAUUGGUAGCGCGGGAUUUUCGUUCAUUAGUGGGAUCGUUAAAAAUGGCGGAAAACACAGUGCACGCGAAUGUGAGAGACAUUUCGGAUGUAGUUUUGCCUCUUCAGUUGGAAAUAAAAGGGAAAAACUUUAAAUUUCUGGUCAGGGGAAAAGAUUUGAAGUAUUUAUCGGAUCAUGUCGAUGAAGUUAAGGAAGAGUUGACUGGUCUUAUACCAUUAGAUGAAGUCCCAGAUGACCCUAUAUAUUUUACUUUUAUCAACGGAAAUGUCCACAUCCCUGAAGUGGUUUUAAGGAAAUUUAAAGAACACAAAAGUAAAGAUGAAGAUCAGAACAAUAACAUGGACGUGACAGCGGUUCAAGAAGAUAAUGAUGGCGAAUUAGAAAACUACUGUGAAACAGGAGCUGACAAUGUUGAAAGUGACUCAGAGGGAGAAUGCAAAUCAAGAUUUGAAUGGAAAUUGUCAACGACAAAAAAGCUGCUAGCUACACUCAAAGAUAAAAAGAAAAAACAGGAAUCUUUUUCGAAAAAUGCAUGGAAAAAGGUGGCGGAAUCGAUGAGUGGAGGAGGAAAGAAGAGUCCCUCGCCAGAUCAGUGUAGAGAAAAGUUCUACUCUAUGAGAAGAGCUUACCGAAAAUAUUUAACGGAAAAGAAAAAAACAGGAAACGGCAGGCCAAAGCCAUUCCUACUUGAAAUGGAAAUGCAUGACAUAUUACAUGAUGACCCAGCUUUUAACCCACCAAUUGUGAAGAGCUCAUUAGGAACUGAAGAGACCAGUUCUACCAUAGUCUUAGGAGGAGAGGACACCAGUUCAGACAGCUGCUGCAGCAGUGAAAAUGAGAAAAAAGCUCAAAAGAAAAAAGGCAAUGAGUUAGUUGAGUACCUAAAAGACAGGGAUGAGAAAUUUCUCAAUGCGUUCCAAAACAUGCAGGAAAAAACAAACAAAUUAAUGGAGAAACUGAUUGAAAAGUUGUAAAAAUUGAGGAAGAAUUUGAGAAGAAAUUCCUUCUAGAUACUUUUUUUUACACAAAUUCUAUGUGGUGCAUUUUUUCUUUUUUUUUUUUGUUAUUGUUAUCUUGUUUAUUUGUUGUUUAUUUAUAUCAAC